GUUCGCUUGGGUUCCAGCGCAGGGGAGAUUGCGAAGAGUCGCAAUCUUGCUUCAGAGAAAGUCAAGGCACUCGGGCACCCUGGCCUGUCCGACACCUUUUGGACAUUUGCAAAGACUGUCCAGCUGCUCAAGGUCGAAAAAGUCCAGGAUGGUGAGGAACAGAACUUGAGGUACAACAACACCUUGUACAACAAGGCCUUACACCAGGCUGCCACAGCAGCUGUUGCAGUGCUGCGGGGUCCAUCCGGUCCCGUGGAGAAGGCUGCCCGGAGAUGGGAGCUGGAAUUUGGGCGGGGCAUCUUGAGCAGUCAGUACUCGAAGUUGAGCAAGCUGUUAUCGCUGACCAACAAGCUCGCAUCUGCUACCAGAAACGCUGUAGACCUGACGGCCUGGAUGAUCGACUCCUUGACGCUGUCCCUGCGCAUGAACAUGGUCACGCCAGCUAAAUGCACCGAGAAGUUUCUGGAUCGAGACCGGAAGACAGGCGAUGCUGGCUUUUGGUUGUCGCGCAUGCUGGUGGUGCAGGUCUUCGAUUAUGCAGCAAAGCUGGCGAACAAGUUGCCUGAGCCGGACAAGGUUAAGCUGACAGGGAUUUUGGCUGAACUCCGUUGCCCUUCCACAUGGUGGGAGAAAUAUCUCUGCCAUGCUGAUGCUGAUCAAGGGGCUGCUGGAGAGGACGACAUGGACGGCGAGGACCCAGAGGACGUGGAGCGCCCUGUUCCGCAGGCCAAGAUUGGAGCUGUUAAAGAGGGUUUCAACAAAGCCAUUGGCAUGCUUUUGGAUUUGCUGCUGGAGCUGAUGUCGGGGAAGUACUACAAGGAUUGCUGCAUGCUGGCUUCGAGUGAAGAUGGCCUUGCAAAGGCAUUGACAGCUGCACAGCUUGGAAGCUCGGAUGACACUGAGCACGAGGAGCCAUGUGCGCUUAUCACUCAGAUGAAGAUCAUUGUCGACAAGUUCGACAACAGCACGAAGUCCGUUGGUGCCACAUCUGCGGCUCCUUCUCCGAGUUUGCUCCAAAGCCUGGCCAAGGCUUCUGAAGCUGACACACCCGAGGAAUGUGUCGAGCGUGAGCGGCAGUGGAAGGCGGUGCAAACGGAACGCCGCGAGUUCGUGUCGUUCUCGGUACCGAACAAGAUCUCGAAGGACUGCCUAGUCAAUGCGUUCAGAGGUUGCGGCAAGGUCUUCACGCACAAGGGCACCUUAACCUCUUCGCACCGCCUGAUCGUUGCCAGUGCGGAUCUCUUGGCAGAGGCUGGUACCGACCCGUGGCUCAAGGGCACUCCGCCAAGCGAGGAAUGGAAAGAGAUCUGUGCCUUUGCCAAAGACAUUUCUGGGCCCGAGGAUUUCGUUGUACUCUUCGACGGCAGAAUGCGGGAAAUUCGCCGCGUGUCCGAAGACCUCCUGCUGAACCAGCAGCACACCGAGGAGUGCACCAUCGUGUACUCAGGUGGGUGCCCGCCGAGAACUGGUCGCACUCGCCGCGUUCCGCUGGCUGCAAAGAAGGUGGAGACAGGAGCGGUUAAGUUCCCGGUCGCACGCACCAACAUUCAGACGACGAAGAAAGGCUCCUUCACAGUCUGCGGCGAGGCUUCUACGUACCAAGGCACUUACUCAGGCGUGGAGUACCGUGCGGUUUCUGAAAUGCCCCUCGUGGCUGCAGACACCAAGAAGAAGAUCAUUGCUCCGGCAACAACCGGCGACCUCCCGACACCGCCAGAGGACUGGCAGGAUCGCCACGGCUCCGACGUACCCUUGUUCUGGAACGAGUCGAAGCCGAUAGCAUAUUGGAAUGCCAUCAUUGAGGAGUUUUGCGCGGAGGCAGUGUUUGACCUCACGGCUGGCACCGGUGCUCUGAUGGAGGCUUCUUUGACUGCCGGCAUCGCAUACCACGGGCUUUGCAGCCUCAACAAGGAGCACAUGUCGUGGGUCCAGGUGGUUGCUGAUCGCGCAGCUUGCGGAAUGAUGGCUUUGGAGGGAUCCACUCUUUACUCGGACGAGAAUGCCAAGGCGGUGAAGAAGCAUUUCCCGCACGUUCUGGAGAGCUUGUCCAACCAAGACGACCAGGACGAGGCCUACCAGACGCCUCUGGGGCAAAACCAGUCUCAAGACGGCUUCUCGUCGGAUGCCCCGGGGGCUCGAAGGGCCUUCGUCAUCUUGUUCCAGGAAAACUCCGAAGUCAAGAAAGGCGCUCCCAAGCACGAGUUUCUCAAUGAGAUGAAGCAUCUUGGCGCAGUCUGGCAGGGCAUGACCGACAAGCAGAAGGCACCAUUCAUGGCGAGGAGAAAAGAUGAGUUCAUGGCUCAGCGAAGUGCACUGGCCGUUCUUGGCAUCAGGAUGCGGGGCUCCACGACCAGUGCGGGCGGCGGAGCCUAUGGCAGUGUCUACAGUUGCCAGCAUCCGCAAAGCGGCCUUAACGUGGAGGUGAAGGUUUAUCGUGGCUCCGAUGGCCCCGCGGAUUGCAGGCACGAAGUGGAGCAGAUGAAGCUUCUAAUGAAGGCCGUUCCGCAGCAGAAGAUGAUGUGGUUCCCGCUUCUUGUCAGCUCGGGUGGCACGGGCAGACCUUGGCCAUGGAUGGCUACUAGCCUAUGUGGGCCCAGCCUGGCAACCGCACUUCGAAAUCCUGCGGCGCAUGGCAAGCCGAGGACGUGGUCUGUGGCAGCUCAGCUGAGAAGUGCACUGCAGACCUUGCAUGACGCAGGCAUCCUACACUUGGAUGUGAAACCUGGCAAUGUUCUUUGGUGCCCUUGCACAGAUCAGGUGCAGGUGUGCGACUUCGGCAUGAGUGAGAACAUGGCACGGCUCCAGAAGGCUUCUCAGGCUCCCAGGUUCCUGCAGUAUGUCACGGCUGCCUAUCGACCUCCGGAGCUGUGGCCCGCUCGUGUGAAUGGCGAUGGAGACUGCGGUGUCAGAAAGCAGCUGCUGACUGCAGCUGUGGAUAUGUGGGCCUAUGCUUGCGUGGUGGUUGAGGUGGAGACCGGGAAUCCCUUCAUGCCCAAGGGGGAGGCCGGACUGAGAGCGUGGUGCAAGCAGUGGCCCGAGCUGUGGAAAACACGCAGCGACUUAGCCAAUUGCCCCGCUGCAAGUCACACGUGCUGCACAAAGGUGCUUCGAGCCGGUAAAUGGGGGCUGGUUGUGUUGGUCGGCUGUGCUCCAGACCCCGGAAAGCGGCGGUGGCCGGAGCUCUGUCUGAAUCAGAAAUGA